AAUUCCUUUAGUAGAGUCCAUUCUGUACUUUGGGUUUUAGUACCUCACGUUUGCUUUAAAUACUCCCAAACAAGUUCCUUAAACUUCAUAACUAUCGAAACCGUGUGGGAAGACAAUUCGUGGAUGAUGGAUAACAUUCUUGGUCUUCUCAAACUUCGUAUCAAAAGAGGAAUUAAUCUUGCAAUUCGUGAUGCUAACUCCAGCGAUCCUUAUGUUGUUGUCAACAUGGGUGAACAGAAGCUGAAGACUAGUGUUGUGAAAAACAAUUGCAACCCUGAGUGGAAUGAAGAACUAACCCUUUCAAUAAGUGAUGUUCAAACUCCAAUACAUCUGACAGUUUUUGACAAAGACACAUUCUCUAUCGAUGACAAAAUAGGUGAUGCAGAGAUCGAUUUGAAACCAUAUGCUAAUGCUAUACAAAUGAAAUUGGAUGAUACUCUUUCAGAUGGUUGUGCAAUUAAGAAGGUUCAAGCAAAUAGGACUAAUUGUCUUGCUGAAGAGAGUAGUUGUAUUUGGAAAGAUGGGAAAAUAAUCCAAGAAAUGAUUCUAAGAUUGAGAAAUGUUGAGAGUGGGGAAUUGGUGGUGGAAAUUGAAUGGGUGGAUGUUCCUGGUAGCAGAGGUCUAUUAGGGGGACAAUGUUAAGUUUUCCUCCUUUCAAUAACAAUCAACAAAGUCUUAUAUUUUUGAUACAUGAAUAAAACGACUUCACAAAUUCAUAAUGAAUUUCUAUCUUAUAUAAA